AUGAAGUCUUUCUCUGUCAUCGCUGCCGCCUCGCUCUUGUUGAACGCUGUCAACGGUCACUACAUCUUCCAGCAGUUGACCGCCAAUGGUGUCAAAGGAGCCGUCUACCAAAACAUCCGCAAGAACACGAACAACAACUCUCCCGUAACGGACCUCGCGGACAAGGACCUUCGCUGCAAUGUUGGCGGCGGAAGCAGCGGGGGCACAACGACAGUGAGUGUCGCUGCAGGGUCUUCGUUCUCGUUCACAUCGGACAUUGCUGUCUACCACCAAGGUCCUGUAUCAUUCUAUCUGAGCAAGGUGGCCGAUGCCGCUGCAUCUGACGGCAGUGGUGACUGGUUCAAGUUCAAGGAGAUCGGACCUAAGUUCCCUGGAGGCACAUGGGAUUUGAGCACCACCUACUCGGCCAACAUCCCGUCAUGCAUCCCCGCUGGAGACUACCUCCUCCGCAUUGAGCAGCUCGCCAUCCACAAUCCAGGGUCGACCCCUCAAUUCUACAUCUCUUGCGCACAGAUCAAGGUCACUGGCGGCGGCUCCAAGACGUUCAGCGGUGUCAAGAUCCCUGGCCACGUGAAGGCAUCCGAUCCAGGCUACACCGCCAACAUCUAUAAUAACUUCAACUCUUACACUGUUCCUGGACCAGCACCAGUCAGCUGCUGA